AUAUUCGCGAAAAUCAGUUCGACUUGCGAAAGCAACGCGGUAUCAUCGAAAGAUGAAUGAAACGCGCCCGCAACGGUUUAUUAUUCUAUUGUGUCUAUUUUUAGUCCAACAAGGCGGCCAAGGUCACACGACCGAACCGAAAGUACGCACGGGACCCGCAGUCUCGCGUCUUUAUCGGCAACAGCUCACCCAUAUGCUCAACAUACUCGACGAGGAUGCAGAUCCGUGUGAAGAUUUCUUUGCGCACGCUUGCGGCUACUACAACGAAGUGCUGAGCGACGUCCAGCAGCUGAGUGCGGAUAGCGCUGAUGAGCCGAUGACAGUGCCUCCAUAUUUAUAUAACCACGAAGAUCGUAUGCUUUUCUUUGAGCGCAAUAAAGAGAAUUUCGGCACGCCACCGGGACAGUUGCUUGCCACGCUCUAUAGUUCCUGUAAGAAACGCGAAACGCUCAACAAGUUGUACGGUCGUGGACCGCUUUCGCAAUGGCGCCGCAUGUUACGCGAAGUUCCCUUCCUCGCAGAGAAUGCGCGGCUCUACAAGUCGUGGCCAUUGCUGCGGAUUGAAUGGGACGAAUUGCUGACGCAACAUGCUUAUCUAGAUUGGUUAAAGUUAGCCGCAGAGUUGGCGGCACAUGGCGUUACGAGUUUCGUACGUAUUUUCUUUGCUGAGGGCACAAUCUUUAUUGCGCCGGUUAGAGCACGUCAAGAUGUGCGCUGCGAAUCGUUGAAGAGUUGGCAAGCGCAGUUGUUGCCAUUCCGUUACACCGGCGGCGAACAGGCGGCGCAAGUGAUCGCUAGCGAAUUGCGAGCUUUUUGUCGAGUGCUUAUCGGUGAAUUACCUUUUGAUCCUGAAUUGUAUACUGAUAACGGUGGGCGAAACGGCAGUUACGAUGAUUCAGCACAUAAUUCGUUUAGCUACGAGAAAUAUUUUAAAUAUUUUCAUGGAAGUUUGCGUUUCAGCGAACAAGAUGUGUGCACUGCUCAUGAGAUAUAUACCGACGAGCAGCGGCUAGAGAAUAUAUCAGCGCUUAUACGUUCAACACAUCCAAGUGUGCUCUUCAAUUUCGUGCUUUGGCAGGCCUAUGUAAAGCUAAGUUAUGAAGACUGCUUUCUGUUGACUGAAGAGUUUGAACCGCUGCUGUUGUCCGAGUACUGGAAUUGGGAUGUGUUUAAUACGAAUUUCAGUCGCAAAGUCGCGUUAGCCACUUAUCUUUAUCACACAACACGCUUUCAGGAGCAACGACGCGCUGUGCUCUUGGGCGAACAGUGGGAUCGCUUUCUAUAUGCGAAGCUGCAGCGCAGCAAUUUCAAUUUACCACGCUUACUCUCCACAUAUGCAAAAACUGACUUGGACCCGGCAAAUCUUACGGAAAUUUAUGCGAUAGACAAGUUCGUCGAGGGAAAUUUUUAUGGCAAUUUGGUUACUUUGCGUCGUCGCCAACUGCGAAAUACAUUUUUCACCGCCUACAUCGACCCCGAAGACUACAAUCAUCCCAUUUAUUUUCUGCGACAUUUCCUGCAUUUCACCAUUUUGACCUUGCAACGCCCGUUGUUCCAUUAUUUCGCCACAAUGGGUUUCGAUUUGUGGCAUAAAUCUGAUUUACUAUACAAUUCAGACGGAUACUACACGUCCAUGUAUUGCUUGGAAAGACAAUCGUUAUUGCACUACGAAGAUGCGCCGAUAUUUCAACUGCUGGGCGAAUCACAAGUUGCCGAUAUUUUUCGGUUUUAUCGCGCUUUCAUCGAGUCUUUAAGGGAUUACGAUUUCUGGUUGGAGGGUGAGUCUUUCGCAUUCGCGGAGGAUUUUGUGUUGGAACAUUUUCAAUUGACUUCGAAACGCAUUAUGUUCUAUGCCGUCGCGCAGUUGCAUUGUGGACGAAACGAUGAGUGGUUCAGCAUACUGAUCAAUAGAAGCUUCAUGAAUAUGCCACAAUUCGCGACGGCUUUCGAGUGUGAGGCUGAAAGUCCAAUGAACCCGCUGGUAAAAUGCAUGAUCAAUCACUGCGAUUAAUGGCGGCGUAUGGAUGAAGGAUAGAUAAAUAAUUUAUUUAAUUUAAGUAUAUAUAUAUAUCAGUGUAGGUUUAUAUAAUAUAGUAUAUAACUAAAAUAGAAUUCAAAUAAAAAUUGUGCAGAGUUCUACAUCACUCAUUUA